UUUGGAACGAGAUAGAUCAUAUUAUUGAAGUCAUCAACUUACACAUACUCAUCACCGGUACCUAACGAACGAACUUACAUACAUCGCUAUCAACAUGUCGCAAGUUACUCCCGAAGUUCUAUGGGCUCAGCGCUCCUCCAACACCGACCCGGAGAAGAACUUCAUCUACCUAACCAUUUCGGUUCCUGAUAUCCCCAAGGAGAACCUGAAGCUUGAUCUUCAGCCUACAAGCCUCACCUUCACCGGUCACUCCGACACCCUUAAGCGAACCUACCAUCUCGAACUUACCUUUUACGCCGAGAUCGACCCCGCAGAGAGCAAGACUCACCACACUGCUCGUAAUGUUGAGCUGAAGCUACGCAAGAAGGAGCUCAACGAGGAGUACUGGCCACGACUUCUCAAGGAGUCUAAGAAGGUGCAGUUCCUCAAGACCGAUUUCGACAAAUGGGUCGACGAGGAUGAACAGAACGAGGCCCCUGAAGAUGACUUCUCGCAAUUUGGUGGCGGCAUGGGUGGCAUGCCAGGCAUGGGCGGCGGCGACUUCAGUGGCAUCGACUUCUCCAAGCUUGGCGGAGGUGACAUGCCCACCGGCGGCGAGGAUGAGGAGGAAGAUUCCGAUGACGAUGGCGACAUGCCAGCGCUUGAAGGACAGGAGGAUGCCAAGGAGGAGGACACGACCAAGGCGGCUGCGUAAAACAGUCUCUAUG